UAAAAAAUAAAUAUCAUUGGAUUAAUUAAUUCCUUUGCAAUUUGUUUUGUUAAGGCAUCUGGCCCACCACAUCUUUUCUUAAUAUCUUCUGAUUGGUGGCACCUUGAUCUGAUUUCUCCAUAAUUAUUAUCUCUGCCUACCUGACUGCCAUUGAUGGAUGAGCUUGCUUGCUUUAUGGACUGGGAUCUGGAAUCCAUUGUGAGAGGGUGCCCAUCAACUGCCACCACCAUCAUGGAGCACGAUCCAAACCCUAAUUUCCUCUUUCAUCAACAAGAUUAUGACCUACUUUUCAGUACUAGUAGUUUUCCUGAAUUCUCAGAAACCACAAGGGUCCUUGAUGAAUUGGACGAGCUUUACAAGCCUUUCUACCCAGUUUGCCACACUCUUUCCCCUCAUAUUCAAAACAAUAUUAAUGAUGAUAAUAAUAAUAAUAAUCAUCCCCUACCGUUACCAAUAAUCCCCAAAGAACCCGAAGAUGCCAUCAAACAAGACUUGCAGCAAGUUUCCACAGUUUCUAAACCUAAAAAAAGCAAGAAGAGCCUGAACAAGAGGGUGGUGAAGGAGGUUACAGCGGCGGAUAUUGGAGUUUGCGACGCAUGGGCGUGGCGAAAAUACGGACAGAAACCUAUCAAGGGUUCACCAUAUCCACGGAGCUAUUACAGGUGCAGCAGCUCCAAAGGAUGCGUGGCGAGGAAACAAGUUGAAAGGAACCAUCUGGAUCCAACGAUUUUCUUGGUUACAUACACCGCUGAACACAACCAUCCCUACCCUACUCGCCGCAACUCUCUCGCAGGGAUUUCACGCAAGAACAACUCCUUAACAACAACAACUACUACUACUACUACUACAACUUGUUCUUCUUCUUCGAAUUCCUCGUCCAUGGAAGAACAUAAGGGAUUCAAGAAGCAGCAUGGACUUCUUUGUGAAGCUGCUGAGUUUGGUGAUGUUUGGUUUCCAGACACAACAGACAUCGAUCAUGAAUUUAUGAGGCUUAAUAAUAAACUAGAACUUCAAUUUCAUGCUGGUGAUUUCAUCGCUGGUAAUUAUUAGUUCGUCAAUCUUCGUCAUUAAUGAAUGAAUCUAACGUACUUAGUUAGAACAAGUUUUUAUAAUAUAAUCCCUAGUUCCUCUUUUCCCACUCUGAUUUUGUAGAAUUACUUUUCUUCUUUUUUGUUUGUAUGUUUUGAUGCUUAUAGUUAUUAAUCUUCUGUUCGUCAAUGUAAACAAAGAAACAAAAUUUCAAUGCCAGAUACCUCAGUUUCUUAGCUA